GGGACAAGUGCGCUUGCAAUCAGUAUUCCUCAAUCGUGUGGUGCAAGAGUAGUUAAAACGGCUUUCCACUCAACCCUCGGAGCCAGUUGUCUGGAAUAUGGAUGUUAAGGGAGCAAAGCUACAAACAACGGAAUCAUCUGAGGAAAGAAACUUCUUAGCUAAAGCAGAAUUGAAAACGUUUGCAGAGGAAACCACAUUGAGAGCAAAAUGAGUGAAGAAGCUCUUCCCAAUGCACCGCGAAGGGAGCUGUUAAAAGAGGCAGACUUGUUAGCGCAAGUAAGUAGCGGUAAAGGAAGAUCUUCCCGUCACGGCGAUUCCUACCAGCUGGGAAUGGGGUUGGUGGUGACAUUGCGUGCGUUCCGGAUGCAUCAACUGGACAGGACAUUUACGUUCGUGAUCGCCAUGGAGGAUCCGGCCGGGAAAGAUUUCGAUGACAUCAUGUACCAUUACUCAUCGGACCCGGCACUUUCCUCUGGCACUGUCAGCAUACAGGCAAAGCAUAAGCAAAGCGAUGGCGAUGACGGUAAACAAGGAGUGCUUACGGAAGAUUUGCUGCACGCUCGAUGGGACAGUAAGCCCAAGCCACCGUUCUCGAUUGCGAAAUACUUCAUCUCGUUUCUGGAGGUGGAUCAGAACCUGGGUACAACAACGCGAUCGUAUGUAUUAUGCACCAAUUACGUGCUGCAUAAAAGCUUAAAAGGACAGUUUAUCGAGAGGGAACAACAGUCGGAUGAAGAUAUGCUGCAGUUCUGCUAUGAUGUUGGGGCAACCUGCUACCAGAUUAAUCCAGAGCAUGAAAACAAAACAUUAGAGGAUCAACUGAUCAACAGCGCUCUAGCCAAGCUUGGAAAGUUGAUGGCAAACGAUGUGUUUCAUAGAAAAGAGAUUAUAUGCAAAGAUUCACUGUACUAUACCUUCGCUGGGUUCAUUAACAAAUGUGUGGAUCGUUGUGAUGCAAACGCAACUGGAUUCAAGUUUAACGAAGUCUACUUCAAUGCGGCACCAAACACACACAUAGGAAUAUUUCGUACAGAGUUUGCGAAGGAGUGCCAAAGGUUAAUGAAGGAUGGCAAAUUAAAAAUAAGAGAAAUUUUGAAAACAGCUUUAAUAAGGAUCGAUCAAAGCUCAUUGACUGCAGCGCUUUCUAAGGAAGAAAGUUUAGAACAGUUAAUUUCAAAGUUUUACCAAUCGUUCAUGCUCGUUUGCCAAACGCCAAACGAAGAGGAACUGAUGAGCAAAGCAAAAGACCUGCUACCAAAGUGGUGCAGCGCGGAGCUGGUUUUAGAUAAGCUGCAUACGUUGCUGUUCAAUGCAAUGAAGAGUGCGACACCGGAUCCGAUUAGUUUGACAUUUCUGCAAGAAAAGUUCCGAGAAGUUGAUCCCAACGUAAAUUUUACGCUUUUAAAAUGUAGAUCAAAAGAGUAUUUAGACUCGAUGCAGCAGAAAUAUCCUUUUAUUCAAAUAGACCGGGAUCGAUUAGAACGCUCGAAGCUGAACAGUUUCAUUGCUAGCGAGAAUUCUGGUGGUAUUUAUGAGUUUAAAUGCGCGCUCAAUUUGGAUGUGAGCUCUCUGAUUGUAGGGCAGACGUUAUUAUUACAUCGGUAUGAGACACUGUUCAUUGAUAGUGCCAUGCACCAGGAUAAAAAGGAACUGUUGAAUAUUCUGGACGAUCUGAUGUCUUAUCUGAAGGAUGUCAAUCAUCCCACCAUCAAGUUGAUAACGUUUUGGGGAAAACUGGAGGCAGAAAAUCUAUGCGAAAUCAAGAAACUGUGUGAAAACUAUCAUCAGAAAGUAGUGAUUGUAGAACAGAUUCUAGAUAGCGUAGAACAUGACAAUCUUUCGAUGGAUGAGCUCACAGGCGAAGCAAAGGAACAGCUGUUCCAUGAUCAUGAAAAUCAAAUCAUUUUUGGUACAGUCACACCGCUGACCAGCAUUAUACACGAAAAAGAUGAUUUGAGCUAUUUGUUGAACGUGUUAGAGGUAUUGAAUCAGCCUGAAAAGAUGGCUAGAUACGAUUCAAUCGAACACAAUUAUGAGCAAAUGAAACCUUGGUACAUUCAUCGCCAAUUCGUAUCAUUGGGAACUCCGCCAGAGGAAGAGAACAUCACACGAAAUGGCAACGUAACCUAUAGUGCAAAUUCGUUUGGGCAGCAAGCAGAAGUUCAUUUUGCAGAAAUGGUUCAUUAUCUUCAUGAUUAUGAUAAGGACACUAUGUCAGAUGUAAAGAAGACUCUAGCGUUGAGCGAAGAAACACAAGAUCCUCCUGGUUGCCGGGAUGACGAAAAUGAUGGGAAAGUGUACAUUUUCCUAAACGAUGCUGGAGCGGGCAAGACCAGCUACUUCACCUGGCUGGCCUGGCGCUUGUCAACAUACGAUCGGUCGCUGUAUGUAAUCAAGCUGAUGGCAUUGGAAUAUUCGACAGAUUUCGAACGUUUGGCAGAAUGCGGAGUAGAUCAUUGGAACGACACACAGAUCGUGAGGCUUCUGUAUCGUUUCAUUCACCUGGCGCUGUUUGUUCCGAGCGUCUGCAGGCGUACGAUCGAAGAGACGGAUGUCCACAGAGCUGAGGCCGUUCGAUGUGCGGAACUGAUCAGCCUGUCAAAUGGACGAAUAGUACUCGACGAGACAAAGACAAAAGAUCUGACAGCGAUGCAACUGAUCGAGCUACGGUUGUUUCGGGAGAAGUUUAAUCAAAACCAGCUCGUACUGAUCCUGGAUGGGUUCGAUGAAAUCGCCCCUUACUACAAGGAUGUGGUGAUGAAAUGUUUCGCUUGGUUUGCGCGUUUCGAGAGAAUCCGUAGCGUGUAUCUUUCGAGCCGGCCGUAUGAUUUCGAAAACGAUCUUAAGAAUGCCUUUCAGAAUUGUAAAAUGAAUCGUCUGAAGAUGUUAUCUCGGAAAAAUGUUAUACAUGUUCUGCACAAGUAUCUUUCGCUGCACAUAGAAGAUUACAGGGACUGUGAAAAGGAUCAACGAGUGAAUUUCCUCACUAUACUGUAUGUUAUUAUAACAGAUGGUUUGAAAGAUUCUGUUUCCGUUCCACUCUUGUUAGACAUGGUACUUCUUACUUUACGGCCUACGAUCCGGAAACACGUGAAUUUCAAGUCCUGCAGAGCAUCAAACCGUCUUUUGGGGAUUGCCAAAUUGGACAAGUUACAGCUGAUGGAGCAAUUCGUUGCUAGGAAGUUGGAAAUUUUUAACACCGACAAGUCCGGAAUGACCAACUCAUCUGCCAAGACAGCUGUUGCUAAGAAAAAGGAAGAGCAAGAGAACAAACGCAUUAAACAACGUCACGCAUUGCUAGCCAUGUACGCUCUGUUCAAUAGUGAAGAUAGGGCAAAGCUGCUGUCCGGUCGCGAACAAGCCCAAGCCAUCGAGUUGCUAGAGGAAGCGAUGCAGGGCGAAGAGAAAACGGGCAUCAUUUCAGGAGUAAGAGACGGUAUACCUCAGUUUGUGCAUCGCAUGUUUGCAGAAUAUUUUGUAGCGUGCUGGCUAUAUCAAAACAUGGCCCGGUUCAAGCAGGAAAGCGUAUUCAAGUCUCAAACCAUCUGGGCACAGCCGAUGAAGCAAGUGCGAGAGUUUUUCAAUCGAAUGAUACUGCAGAAAAGCGAAGGAUGUGAUCUACACCGAGCUGUGGUGGAUGGGUCCUAUGAUUUGAGUCAAAACAUUGUGAAGAGAAAGCUUUCCUCCCUGACUGUGAAGGAUAGUGUUGGCCGAUUGGCGUUACACGUAGAUUCCAGCAAUGGGAUAAUCUAUAAUGAUCGCUUUCUAAAGAUAAUUCCAUGUGAAAUAAUCAAUCAGAGAGAUGAACUGUUCUGUUGGAAUGCCUUGGAUUAUGCAUUUGUCUGCAACAAUAAUAUUGCAAUAGGCAAUCUUCUUAAGUGUAGCGUGCAGCUGAAUGUGGAGAUUUUAUUGGAUCAGCUGUUUUCCAAUGAUGAUACAGAUACUUUGAUUAUGCAGGGCAUCACUUACGCCUGGUCUUUGCAGGGUUGUUCAAAAGUCGAAAUCGCCGAUGAAAUACUCAGUCGUGUCGUAGAACGUCUGCUAAACGAACGAAUGCUAGAUAUUUACACUGCGCGUACGAAAUUAAACUCGUUGUCGGUUUUAGAAUUUUGCGCCAAAUUUAACUUUGAUCGUUUUUUCCAUCAGCUUGUCGCACAGGUUGGUGCACCUCUGAUGCAGAACAUGGCCGCUGGUCUGGGCGAUCGUUUAUUCCAGAUAGCUUUCGAGCAAACGGCUCACAAGUUUAUUAAAUAUCUUAUUGAACAGUGCAAACUUCCCUUGCCAUCGAUAAACGAUAUGCGUGGCUUAAUCGAUGGUGUCAAAAAGGCAAUACAAAACGGCGAUGUGGAGCUGUUUAAAAUUCUUUUCCGGCAGCUGUGUCUGCAACGAGAAAUAAUCUGUACGGCUGAAAACGACCUCAUCGAUGAUAUUGACAAAAAGAUCUUUGAACCAUUCGAAGUAGAAAUUGGUUUAAAAAAUGAAUGCUGUGUAUAUCACUCCGGAAACGUUAAGCUCACAGUACCGGAAUAUUCAUUUUCGGACGAAAACGUGGAAGACUACUUAAUAGAAGUUUUGGUAACUACAGCAGUACAUGUAGGAAACGUAUCGAUUGCUAGUUACAUAUUGCAAAAGACGAAAACGAUCGUAACAAACAGGCUGAUUGUGACGAUUAUGCGAUUAUUUCCCAAGUCACAACCUUUGUGUCACAAAAAAUCCAUACCAGCGUUCAGGUAUUUGCUCCACAAAACAAUCGAUCUUCGUAGUGUUGAUGUAGAGGGUCGCAAUUUGUUUCACAUGAUCGCUCAAAACGGUUGCUGCUACAUGUUGCCCUGUCUGAUGGAGAAAGGGUUCGAUCCGAACGAGGCUAAUCCACAGAACGGCUGGAAUGGUUUUCACUAUCUCGUGUCCUGUUUGGAUGAAGUCGGCUUACGUGUGCCUAAGACAUUGGUACGCCUUCUACCGUAUCAUGCCAAUAGCGACUGGAAAACUGCAGGCGAGGAUUUGUUUAACUUUGCAAUCAAUAGAUUGCAGUGGAUUGUUGCACAGUUGCUAUUUCAAACACAUUGCCAGGCCCUUUUGAAGUCACGAAAACGGAGUGCGCUUUUGAGUUUGAUUAAACGAAUGCUGCGACAACAUGAAACGGAAAUUGUACUUAAGUUUUUGUUAUUUGUAUGGUAUAAUAGUAGCUGGAAUGGACUAUCGGAGGAUGGAAAUUGGCAUAACAUCUAUGACAGCCUUCUUCGCAGGGUACCGGUUGUUUGAAGUUGCAUAAUCUUAUAAGGUGAGGUAUAGGAUUGCUAUUUGAAAUUACUACUUAGACUACAAGUCAUUGUGGCAUCGCAACUAAAAGUUGUUAGUUAUAGUUUUUUUUUUCGAUGAAUUAAAUGAUUAUUUUAAA